AUGGUAUACCAUAAUGAAGACCUUUACGCAGAGAUUGUUGAAGUAUACCGGCGGAUGACACGUGAAAGAUAUCAACAUCUUGCCCCGCCAUCGAAAGUGGCUAAAAUAAAUCGUCUUCGCUUCCUUGGUCAUAUAUUAAGGAGAUCGGUAGCUCACCCUGUUCAACGAGUACUGAGGAACUUGCCGUGUUCGAGCUGGAAAAAGCCACCUGACCGAAAACGGAUGUUCUGGACUGAGGUGGUGAAAGAGGAACUGUGGACACUCGGCGUGGAUAAGCAGUUCGGGCGACAUGUAAGGUUUCGCAGAAUAUGGAAUAGAGACGAAUGGAGUGAUUCUGUGCAAUUUCGAAAGAAGAGAAGAAAGAAGAAGCUCGAAGAAGAUCGACAAGGUUGA